AUGGAUCUCAAGACCUUAUUGAAAGAUCUCGAUGGCGCAGUAGAGAAGAUACAUCAGAUUCAAGCCAAUUUAACACAUUUUAGAGUAGAAGAAUUGGAUGUUAAGCUUAAGAAUCAGUUGGAGAAUUUGCUUUGUGAAUGGAGCUUGGCUCGAGAUGAUCAAACCAUGAGAGUAGAGUUGGGACUUGGUGAGCCAUUGGAUACAAUGCAUCAUCUUCUAUCGUCGAAUUUAUCGAAUUCGUCGAACUCAUGGAAACACCUUACAAAAUUCGAACAAGAAGGAUCGAUGUCUCCUCGCAGCACCAAACAAUUUCACAUCGAGAAGAAGGCCCACGAGCAGAAGAACCCUAUCGAUGAAAUUACUGCCUAUGUUUUAUUCCGUCCGCACUCUGAAAACCCCACCCUUCCCCACAGCCAUCCCUCCCAGCCUCCUUCCAUCCGCAUCUCGAAGUCCAAACUCUGGUUCUUCUCAUCAUUAUUCAGUGACCCCCUUGAGCAAAAGCAGAAUGGUCAGCUCGGAGAUGAUGAUGACAAUAUCGUGUACGAUGGAACCACGACUCAUCAACCGAGGAAAUACAUCGAUAAUCUGACAAUUUACACAACUGGUCUGAUUCAUUCGUAUUACUCAAGUUUCUUUGAAGGUCACGAUGAGUUUUCUGCGCUUUCCGAUGAUAGAGUUUGGAAUGCUUUCACACAUGGUUUGAGAUUGGUGGAGGAAGGAUAUUUAGAUGGGGGAUUGCUAUCAAAAAGGGAGCGGAUGGACCUGAAUCUGCGGGUGGAGUAUGCGAGCGUUUAA